AUGGUACAGCGGGAGCAAAUAAAAAUCUCCCCCAACCUUGACAAAGCCUUCGUUUCGAGUGUGGCAUACGUAAACAAAGUUAGACUCAAUCUCGUUCUUCGUUGCAUAUCUUCCCACACAGCCACGGCCAUUAAUUGCUAUCAGUGCAAGUCCCUAACGGAUCCCAACUGCGCCAAGGAGAAGCUCGAUGCGGGGUCUAACAUACGGCAGGUGGACUGCGAUAAUGUGGCCAGGCCGAAUAUCAUGGAUCAGCUGCAGCCAGUGACCAAAUGCAACAAGGUGGUCACCAGCGACCGCGCCGGCGUCAUUGUCUCCCGCGACUGCCACUUUGAGUUGAUUGGGCAGAAGGACAAUGAAUGCACAGUAACACACAGCCGUCAGGUAGAGAGCUGCUUCACCUGCAAGGGGGAUCUGUCCAAUGCCUCUGGAGCGACCCGUUAUUUGGCCCUGAGCGCAAUGGCCCUGUUCGCAGUAUUCGCAUUACAGAUGGUGCUGUAAAGGAAAACUCAAAAAUAUCAGCAACAG